UGAAAACAACAACAUCAAGCGUCUUCAUGAUAAGAAAUUACAUAAAAUCAAGCCACAUGUGUACAUCACCACAGAACACAUCGGUGUGAACAAGUAUUUUUAAACUGAAAAAUAAUUUAAGAAAUGGCUCUGAGCAUUAUAUCUAGAAGUUUCAAAGCAAGCUGUUACAUCCAUAGAAGAAAAUGGACGAACAUAAAGCAUUUCAGCAUAGCUACGGGGGAACCAGAAUUUCUAGGAGUCAACACUAUUUUUACAAAUGAAUUAAAAUUUCUUAAUAAGGAUUCCUAUCAUCCUAUACCAAUUUACAGAAUUUUUGAUGGCUCUGAUAAAUCUACGUUAACGAACGUAAAGUUGGAUAAUGAGACACUUCUAAAGAUGUAUCACAAUAUGAUAACUUUAAGUGUCAUGGAUAAAAUAUUGUACGAAUCUCAACGUCAGGGUCGCAUUUCAUUUUACAUGACAAAUGCAGGAGAAGAAGCAUUACAAAUUGGCUCAGCAGCUGCUUUAUCACUGAAGGACAUGAUUUAUGCGCAGUAUAGAGAAGCCGGUGUUCUGCUUUGGAGAGGAUACAAAUUAUCUCAGUUUAUGAAUCAGUGCUAUGGUAAUUGUGAAGACGAAGGAAAAGGCAGGCAAAUGCCAGUACAUUAUGGUUCCAAAGCGUUAAAUUUUGUCACUCUCUCUUCGCCACUGACAACACAAUUGCCACAAGCUGUAGGUGCAGCUUACGCACUCAAGAGAGCCAAAAGCGAUUCUUGUGUAACAGUUUAUUUUGGAGAUGGUGCGGCCAGUGAAGGAGAUGCUCAUGCAGCAUUUAACUUUGCUGCCACACUCGAUUGUCCCAUCAUUUUUAUGUGUCGUAAUAAUGGCUAUGCAAUUUCAACUCCAACACACGAGCAAUAUAAAGGAGAUGGAAUUGCAGCUAAAGGACCAGCUUAUGGUAUUAAUACAGUCAGAGUGGAUGGAAACGAUGCUCUGGCUGUAAAUCAUGCAACACGGAUAGCUCGUGAAUUUUGUAUAAAUGAACAAAAACCUGUAUUAAUUGAAGCUAUGAGUUACAGAGUUGGACAUCAUAGUACCUCAGAUGACAGUACUGCUUAUAGAUCUAAUGAUGAGAUCAUGCAAUGGACCAAGUACACUCCGAUUAUGAAAUUCCGACAUUACUUGGAAAAGUUGGGUCUUUGGAAUCAGGAAAAAGAAUCAAACUUAGUUAAAUCCACCAGAAAGGAAGUUCUUACAGCACUUGAAAUUGCAGAGAUAAAAUUAAAGCCACAUUGGAAAGAUAUGUUCACUGAUGUGUACAAAGAAAUACCACAGCACAUAAAAAAACAAAUGGAAGAUAUGGAAACUCAUUUGGAAAAAUAUCAUGAUCAUUAUCCUCUAAGUAAAUACAAAAAACUCUAAUGAAACAGGUGAUACCAGUGUGUACCACUCUGUCAAAGUCUGUUAUACUUUAAUAUAUCUUUUAUUGGUUAAUAAAAUCUUAUGUCUACUAA